AUGGUGGGGAAUGAGAGAAGCAACCUCAACCUAUCUGGAUCUGGACCUUCUCAAUCUGCACCUUCCAGCACACAGGUUGAAUCAAGGAUAUACUCUGCAAGCUUUGAUACAGACAUUGAUAUCCAGGAUGAAUACUUCACACAGGAUGGGUUCACAUACACUGGAUUGUUGCUUGGUGCUAUACAACAUCCUCCAGGAUAUGUUGUACAACAAAGAGUCGAUGAUUGCGGAAAUGAGGAAAUGUCAAAUAAUCUUCAAAGCAAUAUGGAGUUCGGAAAUAGGAAGCAAAGUAAUGAAGAAUCAUCUACAACAUUUGAAAAACAACUUGACGAAGAUCCAUGGAAUCUAAGCAUGUUUGAUGACAUACAGCUAGACCAGAUUUAUGAUGCUGCGCCAGUGGACAAAAGGGAUCAAAAGGAUGAGCAAGACAAGUCAAUGGACAAUGAAGAUAACACAGAUCAACAGAGAGAAAUAACUGAAGAGGACAUAAAUAUAUUCCUGAACAAUGAGAAAUUAGAAGCUGAGGGAGUGAAGCAGGAUGAAAAUGCAGAAAAUGAAACUGUGAACAUCUUGAAACCAGAGGUAGGAAUGGAGUUUGGUACAAGAGAAGAAGCGCAUAAAUUCUUCAACCUGUACGCUUACAAUGAUGGGUUCUCAGUCAGCAUUGUUUCAUCUUACCGAACUGCAAGCAAAAAGAGAAACAAUGAGGACUUCACCUACAACACAACCAUGCACUAUGUCCGCAGAGCAGAUUCUACAGUGCUUGCAUUUAUACGAGGAGGAAUGACACAACUUCCAUACAAUAAGAGAAAGGUCAGCAACUACAGCUCAAGUAUAAACAGGGAGGUGACAAACAAUGAUAUGAUGGAGGUCCUUGACUGGUUUGCAAUGAAAAAGAAAGAAAACCCAGGGUUCUACCAUUCGCUAGACUUGGAUGAAAACAACAAAGUAAGAAGUGUGUUCUGGGCAGAUGCAAGAGCUAUACUUUACUACGAUAUAUGUGGUGACUGCAUCAGCUUCGACACAACAUUCCUAACAAAUAAGUACAAUCUGCCGUUUGCACCGUUUGUUGGUAUCUCACCACAUGGGAAAACAUACCUAUUUGCUUGUGCAUUCAUAGUGAAUGAAUCAACACAAAGCUUCGAAUGGUGCUUUAGAGAGUUUAAGAAAGCUAUGGGAGGCAAGAGUCCUAUAUCAAUUAUAACUGACCAAGAUAAAGCAAUGGGAAGUGCAAUUCCAGAAAUUUUCAAAGAUGCCGUACACAAAUGUUGUUUGUUUCAUGUGAAGAAAAAAAUUGAUGACAAAGGAGGUCCAUUAUUCCAAGCAAACGAAGGUCUAUAUGAGGAAAUGCAAGACAUCAUUGACAAGUCACUGACAGUACAUGAAUUUGAAUCACUAUGGCAAGCAAUGAUAAAUGAGCACAAUGUAGGGCAUAUUAAGAUAUUCCAAGAUCUCUGGAAGAGUAGAAAGAAGUGGGUUCCAGUUUACUUCAAAAACAACUUCUUCCCCUUCAUACAGACUACAGCUAGAAGCGAAGGCACUAAUGCAUUGUUCAAAAAGGGUGUAGGCCCACAAUUCAGCAUGACAAGUUUCCUAAGGGAGUACCAACGCAUAAUGGAUAACAUUCAUGCAACUGAAGAUCAGUUAGAUCAUAAUGUAGUAAACAAGAAAGUUCCAGAGAAAAUGUAUCUCACUAGAUACUACAUUGAAAGGCAAGCACAUGAACUGUACAACAUAUCUAUCUUCAUGAAAUUCCAAAACAUCUUAAAAGAUGUUACAAGACUACAAAUCAGAGAUGAAGAAAAAGGGAAGAUGUACUGGGUAUUUCAAGCAACAAAUUACCCAAUAAAAGAGCACAGGAAAAGGGAUUACCUUGUUCAAGUAAAUGAAGAGACACAAGACUAUUCAUGCAUCUGCUGCCGGUUUAAUAAGGAUGGCCUGCUCUGA